GGUGUGGUUACCGUGGUGACGGCGCGGCCUAGGCUCUGGGCGCCGGUCUUCUCCUGCAACUUGACGGGCCGGAGUAGCGGCAGGUGGGGAGUGAUUCUCUGCGGCUCCUUCCCUCCCUUGUGCCGGGGGCGGGUAUGUGGCUGGGCUCGGGCCCGAAGCAGCGCAAAUGGGGAACCUCUUCGGCCGGAAGAAGCGGUCCCGAGUGACCGAGCAGGACCGCGCCGUCCUGCAACUAAAGCAGCAACGUGACCAGUUGAAACAGUACCAGAAGAAGAUUGCUAUUCAACUUGAGAAAGAGCGGGAAAUAGCCCGACAGCUGCUGCGUGGUGGGAAGAAAGAUAAAGCCAAACUUCUGCUCAAGAAGAAACGAUAUCAGGAGCAACUUCUUGAUAAAACUGAAGUUCAGAUUGGCAACCUUGAGAAAAUGGUUCAAGACAUUGAAUUUACUCAAAUAGAAAUGAAAGUUUUGGAAGGACUUAAGAUUGGAAACAGCUGUCUUCAGAAAAUGCACGAGAUUAUGUCUAUUGAAGAAGUAGAAAGAAUAAUGGAUGAGACUCAAGAAGCUGUUGAAUACCAGAGGCAAAUUGAUGACAUUCUAGCUGGAGGAAUAUCCCAAGAAGAUGAGGAUGCCAUUCUGGCUGAACUAGAUGCUAUAACUCAGGAAGACGUUGAACUACCAGAAGUUCCUGCAGAGCCACUGCCAAAUAUAUCUGCAAAAGAAAAAGGAAAAGAGCCAGUUAAAAACACACCGAAACAAGAAAUGGUGGCAGCAUCGUAACUGAAAUUUGGAUUUUCGGUCACACAAACAUGAAUGAUUUAUCUUCUGUAUGUUUUCAAGAGUUGAUCAUGAUUCACCACCCUUUUUGAGGGUUGAGAAAUUCAAACAUGUACUUCAGGAGGAUCUUUACUCUUUCCUGGCAUUGUUUCCUUUGUAAAAAUGAAAUUUCAGUCUUGACUUUUUUAAAAUGUAUUUUUCACUUUUUAAAAAGUCAAAAAAUGUGCAAGUGCUAUAGAAUUCUGAAGCUGAUAUUCCUUUGAAACUCAUUCACAAUCAAGCUAAUUUACAAAAUUUCAGUUGCUAUUUAGUUCUAAAUUUAAAAUGGUUUCCAGAUAAACUUGCACUGACCUAGUAAUACUGUCGUGUAUUAAUGUGGUAAGUUACAUUUCUAUCUGUAAACCAUUAACUUUUUAUCUUUGAAUCUUUUGUUAAGAAGCUACGCAGGAUUAAAGGAAAUGCAAUUCUUGAUGGAAUGAAGUGUCCAGAAUGCAAAACAAUUCCGAGAGAAGUAACAAAUUUCGCACUGGUGGGAUAAUUAUUGUAAAUGUAUUCUGUUCUUUUAAUAAAUUCUCUGACAUGAAACAUUAAAAAAAUGAAUUGUAUUUAAAAA